CCUAUUUCAAAGGCGUGUCAUACAUUCCGGCAGAUAUAAGAAAAUUGCAACGGGAAGCGUUUAACGCCAUAAAAUCAAUCAUGCCUGUUAUAAAAUUUCUGACUUCCGAUGAUAUAAUUAUUGAAACAGACGAUCAAAUAGCCCAGUGCUCGGACAUAAUUAGGCCUUUACUAGAUAUGUGCUCUACAGAAGAGGGUGAUCUGCCAAAGCUGAAAGUGAGUGCAGCUAUUUUGCGCAAAGUUAUUGAAUGGGCCGAACAUCACAAAUAUGAUCCUUCAGGGGACGCACAGUGCACCACUGAUCCGUGGGACACUCAGUUUAUCAGUGUUGACCAACCCACACUCUUCGAACUGAUCCAAGCUGCCAAUUAUUUGAAUAUCAAGGGGUUACUCACGCUCACCUGCAAGGCAGUGGCCAACAUGAUCACAGGCAAGACCCCAGAAGAAAUACGGAAGCUAUUCGAAAUAAAAACUAAUUCCGCUCGCGCCGGAGAAUACUACGAUUGAUUUAUAAAGAACUAACUUAGUUGUUACAUUAUUAACAAUAUAAUAAAUUUGUACUCAUUUUUUAGCAAACUUGUGGUAGACAUCUAUGAAAUGUUUGUCAGUGGCAGUGUAUAGAAUUCGAUUCAUUUAUAAAUAAAUCAACUCGCCAGGAAGUUUUUAUUAUUUGAAAGCAUCAUGUCUGGGCUAAAUCCAUAUAAGCAUUUUCUAAAUUUUAUCUGUAAGCUGUCGCCGCACGGAAGGAUUUGUGAGGCCCAUUUAAGGGCUGAACAUCCCGAGUGUUUUCGGCAAAAAUCCAGAAUUUAUGUACUAUUGGAACUACCACAGAGGGCAUGGAGGCAUAUGUUCUCUGGAGAUCACUGUCAUGAUGUGCACUAUUCGCAUCAUUACGAUUUCUGUCCGAUGUCGCUUCAUGGGCACGAUUCCUCCAUUUUAGGCUGUGCGCUUAAAAUUCUAAUAAUACUUGCCGUCAGCAUCGGAAUUUUGUAUGCCGUAUUUAAGGUGACUGCACAAAGACGUGCUUCGCUUCAAUAAACAGAUGCAAUGGAACCUGCUUAUAACUUCAAAUUUCUAGAAUCUAAGUUAUUGGAAAGAAUAUCGAAACAUAAAGGGCAACCUCUUAUACAAGACAUCAGUAAUAUACUCGCAAAUUACCAGUUCGUAUUACUCUCGGCAAUCAUAAUUGGCGGCAGCUACAUUCCAAUAAUUAAUUUGGUCAAGAUAUUUGCAGAAACAAUAGUUUUCAUACUAUUAAUGCAUAUGGCAUACAUAUCACAUACAUAUGGCAAACAUCCUCACAUCGCAACAUCAAUGGCAGGCUCUGGAAACUCGUCCAAAAAAAAAAUGAUAUUACCAUCUUCUUAAUGCAUGUUUCCCGAAAU